UGUCCGGCUGCGGUCGAAGGUCCGCGACACCGCAGGUUUCGCCGUGCGCCAGGUCGCCGCCGCCGCCAUGGCCCUGAGAGGCGUCUCGGCGCGGCUGCUGAGCCGCGGCCCCGGCCUGCGCGUCUUGCGCGUCCUGCGCCCCUGGGCCUCGGCGACUGCGCGGAGCGCGGAGAGCGGGAAGACGCAGAGCCGGCCGGCCAAGCCCUCGUCGCGCCCCGCGUUUGAGUGGCGGGACCCUCUGCUGCUGGAGGAGGAGCUGACGGCGGACGAGAUCCUCAUCAGGGACACCUUCCGCACCUACUGUCAGGAGCGGCUCAUGCCUCGCAUCCUGCUGGCCAAUCGCAACGAAGUCUUUCACCGGGAGAUAGUCUCGGAGCUGGGGGAGCUGGGCGUCCUGGGCCCCACCAUCAAAGGCUACGGCUGUGCUGGCGUCUCGUCCGUGGCCUAUGGGCUCCUGGCCCGGGAGCUGGAGCGGGUGGACAGCGGCUACAGGUCCGUGAUGAGCGUGCAGUCCUCCCUGGUCAUGCACCCCAUCCAUGCCUACGGCAGCGAGGAGCAGCGGCAGAAGUACCUGCCCCGGCUGGCCAGGGGGGAGCUUUUGGGCUGCUUCGGGCUCACGGAGCCCAACCAUGGCAGUGACCCCGGUGGCAUGGAGAGCAGAGCCCGCUAUAACCCUUCCAGCAAGAGCUACACCCUCAACGGCACCAAGAGCUGGAUCACCAACUCACCUGUAGCCGACUUGUUUGUGGUCUGGGCUCCAUGUGACGACGGCCUCAUCCGGGGCUUCCUGAUCGAGAGCGGCACGCGGGGCCUCUCGGCCCCCAGGAUCCAGGGCAAGUUUUCCCUGAGGGCCUCGACCACGGGCAUGGUCGUCAUGGAGGGCGUGGAGGUGCCGGAGGAGAACGUGCUGCCCGGCGCCACCGGGCUGGCGGCUCCCUUUGGCUGCCUCAACAACGCUCGGUACGGCAUCACGUGGGGCGUGCUGGGAGCCGCCGAGUUCUGUCUGCACACGGCCCGGCAGUACACCCUGGACAGGCUCCAGUUCGGGGCGCCCUUGGCCAGGAACCAGCUCAUCCAGAAGAAGCUGGCGGACAUGCUCACAGAGAUCACGCUGGGCCUGCACGGCUGCCUGCGGCUCGGCCGCUUGAAAGAUCAGGACAAGGCCACCCCCGAGAUGGUCUCCCUGCUGAAGCGGAACAACUGUGGGAAAGCCCUGGAAAUCGCCAGGCAGGCCAGAGACAUGCUGGGGGGCAAUGGGAUUUGCGACGAGUACCACGUGAUCCGCCACGCCAUGAACCUGGAGGCUGUGAACACCUAUGAAGGCACACACGACAUUCACGCACUGAUCCUCGGGAGAGCCAUCACGGGAAUCCAGGCGUUCAAGGCCGACAAGUGACCCCGCAGCCCCGGGGCUAGGGGCCUGCAACCUGGCGGGGGCCUGCAACCCAGCGGCGCCCUGGGCCCGCUGCGCUCUGAGCUCAGGCGGGGAGGUGGCUGAGGGAGGUGGCCCACGUCGUGGGAAGAGAGACGCUGCCUCUCCCGUUGGAAACCAUUCCCGGGGGCUGCAGGCUGGAACUCUGUGCUCAGCGUUUCUCAACCCACUGGAGCCCUGGACCAGAAACCACUCAGUGGCCUCAAAACAGGAGCACAGACCUCAGGCUCCCCGCGCCCUCACCCCCGCCCCCUGCAGCAGUGCCUUACUUGGAAAAUAAAGAGCCUGCAGCUGA